AUGAUGUCUUACCUCAAACAGCCCCCCUAUGGCAUGAAUGGGCUGGGGCUGACCGGACCGGCUAUGGACUUACUGCACCCCUCCGUGGGCUAUCCGGCCACCCCUCGGAAGCAGCGGCGGGAGCGCACCACCUUCACCCGCUCGCAGCUAGAUGUCCUGGAGGCGCUCUUCGCCAAGACCCGCUACCCGGACAUCUUCAUGAGAGAGGAGGUGGCGCUGAAGAUCAACCUGCCCGAGUCCAGAGUCCAGGUCUGGUUCAAGAACCGCCGGGCCAAGUGCCGGCAGCAGCAGCAGAGCGGCGGCGGGGCCAAGAGCCGGCCGGCCAAGAAGAAGCCGUCCCCGGCGCGGGAGAGCUCGGGCUCGGAGAGCAGCGGCCAGUUCACGCCCCCCGCCGUCUCCAGCUCCGGCUCGUCCUCCUCCUCCAGCUCCAGCUCCUCCGGCAGCGCGGCGGCGGCUCUGGGUAACCCCGCGGCGGCGACCGCCUCCAUCAGCGCCCCGGCCUCGUCCAUCUGGAGCCCGGCCUCCAUCUCCCCAGGCGCCGCGCCCUCGGCCGUGUCGGUGCCGGAGCCGCUGCCGCCCGGCGGCGCGUCCUGCAUGCAGCGCUCGGUGUCCGGCGCCUCCUCCGCCUCCUACCCCAUGUCCUACGGCCAAGGCGGCGGCUACGGCCAGGGCUACCCGGCGGCCCCCUCCUCCUCCUACUUCGGCGGCGUGGAGUGCAGCUCCUACCUGGCGCCCAUGCACUCCCACCACCACCCGCACCAGCUCAGCCCCAUGGCGCCCUCCUCCAUGGCCGGCCACCACCACCACCCGCUGGGCCAGGGCUCCGGCCACCACCACCACCAUCACCACCACCAGGGCUACGGCAGCACGGGGCUGGCCUUCAACUCCCCCGACUGCCUGGACUACAAGGAGCCCGGCGCCGCCUCCUCCUGGAAACUCAACUUCAACUCCCCCGACUGCCUGGACUACAAGGACCAGGCCUCCUGGAGGUUCCAGGUCUUGUAG